GAAAAAGAACAAUAAUAGCACCUGCAGGAAAAUAACUUUUCGAAUUUAAUAAUUUCCUAAUGUUUGCGACAAACAUUAAAGAUGGUAAUGCUGUGGAAGAUUUCUACUCUAAUUGCAAUACUUUUAUUUGCAAGAUGCGUCUUCUCGCAGCCAUAUGACCGUAAGUCAAAAGGGUUAAAAUGUCAUCGUCCUCUGGAUGUGGUUUUGGCACUGGAUGCUUCCGGAAGAACCAGAAAGCAAGACUGGGAAACAGUUGUCAAAUUCUGCAAGGAGCUCCUCCGGGGACUGAAUCCAAUUUCAGAACGACAAAAUCGUUUGGGCAUUUUGACGUUUGACGAGCUGCCCCGCGUGGCAAAGGAACUUAACAAAAAAACCGACGUCAGAGAAAUUCAGAAAGUCAUUGAUGGUUUGCAUAAAAUACAGCUGAGUGGAAUGACAUUCACCGAUGAAGCACUAAAAGAAGCUUCGAAUAUUUUUCAAAGAAGUAAAGGAGUGAGGGAGGCCAUCAAGGUCUUGAUAGUAUUUUAUGAUGGAAGAACAACGGAUCGUCUCGGAAAGAAAGGCUUUACUUUUAACAAAAGAGCAGCCACAAUGCUGCGUAAAGACGAUGUUAAAACUUUUGUUGUAGAAUUUGGUCGCUAUAUUGGCGAAGAGGACAUUUUGAGCCUUGUAAGCGAUCCGAAAUUGGAGCAUAUCUAUACAUUAAAUGAUAUGCCAGAGCUGGCAAGAGCUGUUCAAACAUUGGCAUGGAGAGCCUGUUAAAUUGUAUCCAGUAAUCGUAUUUUUUAUCUUGGUACGAAACAUACAAACACUGUUCAGAUAUGUUCGAAAUAGAUAAAAAAGCAUGUUUUGAAGAGAACGAGUCAAUAUCAAUGCAAGAAGUUCAGAGAAAAAGAACACAACAUUCUCAGACAUUUAGCAUGAUUUACGUUAGACAAUAGGUCGAUUUUGAUCCAGACAUUCAGAUCGAUUAACAAGACAAUAUGCCCAAUUGUAAUCCAUAUAAUUGAACUUCCUUUCCUUGUGCUCAAUCAAUGGCGGCAGGCAGAUGUGCCGCACAGAACAGAAAAUUGCUUCGAAAGAUAUAAGGAAGGAUAUCCUCUGCAAUAAACAUCCGCAUUCAACACUUUUGUAAUUCCGACACACGGAUGAAAUUCAUGUAUUCAGAGAUUUCCUGGGAAGAACCAGAAAAUACUUUUUGAGGUACACGCAACAAAUGCAAAAAACCUGUGAAAAAGAAAUUUUCCUUCUGGAAAUAAAAUGAAGCUGUGCUUGGUCACAGUGAAACUGAAUAGAAGUGUUGUGUACUACUAGAUUGAAAACGCAGAUUCUUGAAGAAUUGAGAACAUAUUCCUUUUCUUUAAUCAAAUAUAUACAAAACAAAUCUAUUUAACAAAAUACAUGACUGAUCUAGAUGAUGUCCACACUACAACUCUCAAAAUUCUAACAUAAAAAGACUGCGUGUCUGAUUUCACACCUACAGCGAGGACUGGGCACAAGCCAAUCCACGUGAUGUUAACAAUAAGAAGCAAUUUGCUACUGAUUCAAAUGAUGGUCAUUGGUAUUCAAUUUGAACUGGAUUUGAAAAGCCUUUUGCGUAAAAAGUUUUGUACCUCAAACUGUUGAUCAGCAAAGUAGAAAAAAUAUACUGGCAUCGUCCGAUGCAUAACAGGAACACCUGUGUACAAAUAUAUCUUAAUUACUUAUAGAACAUGUAAAUCUGUGUGUUUUUUCGUAUAGCGUGAUUAGGGCUCAAUGUGUUAGUCUAGUUUGAUCAACGGCAGAUUCAAAAAUCAUAGAAUACACCGUGAAGAAAAAACAAAAACACUAUUGGCGGCUGGGUUCAGCUUGGGUUCUACUGUCAUCUUCUUAAAGACACAUGUGGUCAUAAUCUCAAAGGAUUUCAAAAAAAUUGUUGGAACCGCGGCAAGGAAAUGUUUCAUUGAAUCUAUGGCAAAAAUGUUGGAAAACCUAUGAUAAUAAACGGCAAAAAGAUUCUUUUUAAAGAGCCAAACCUGAUGUAAAGCUGUUUGUUCUUUUUAAUUCCUAGUACCUGACCAUGAAAUGAUAGAAAUUAUAUCUUAAAGGAAUUUUUGUCUCUAUCUAUCCUCUUGCCUCUUUUUAAAACUUUUAUAGAGCAUUCCAAAUAAUUAAAGGCCCAGAAUUGAUCCAUGUAGAGCUGCAUGUGUGUUUGGAUCGUUUUUUGAUCUGUUUUUAUCUAAUAUUACUUGUCUUUUCCAAAGGUAUUGAAUUUUGUAUCUUGAAUUCAAAAGAAAAUUAAAAAUUCAUCGAUGAACUGGACAUUUUAUUCCUUGAUAAAAAAGCGAUUUCUUUAUCAUUUAAUGUAUUGAUAUAAUCAAUCUACUUAUUUGAAAACUCAAUGAAAAUGAUUUCAAAUGAAACGAUAGUUGCAGGUGCCUGUGUAAAGCAAAGCAAAACAGUAUUCUCAAUGUUGUGUUACGCUUUGUUGCCAUGAUAGCUUUCUUAAUAAGAUUGUUGUAGAAUAAAAGAAGUAGGUCGUUCUUUUUCCGCAUGGCCGCAUCUUAUUCAAUUCUCUAACAAGCCCAUACAAUCAAGAUAUCUGCGGUGGGAAACAAAUCUUGAAUGAUUAUUCACUUGAGUGAGAGAGAAAUGUGCGAUGUCGUGAACGUCAUACAAGUAAAAUAUGCAUUUUGCCAGCUUUUGAAUGUCUUCUCUGAAAAUGCCACGCUCUGAAGUGCCAAAUAGUUCGCAAAAACAUCGAGCUGAUAAAAAUCUAACUAGCCUGAAAGAAGCCAAGGAUAGAAAGAUCCAGCCUGAAAUAAAAUGGCCAGAAUUAUCAAAAGUUGUGUCUUUGCAGAAAAUUUUGAUCAAGUCAAAAGGCAAAGUUGAAAAGAUCACAGAGGCGUACGAGGAAGUAGAAAAAUUGGAUCAAAGGAGUAAUGUCUCCAGUCGUAAACAGAUGCUAGCCCGGCGACCUAAAACACAAGCAGCUUCUCGCAGCAAACCACGAAACACCACUCGUUUCGUCGCGGAAAAGGUAAGCCAAGAUAGACCUGCAUCGGAGGGGUUACCGUAUAUUUCAACAAACGAUGUCAAACUUCGUGGAGAAAAAGGAAUUUAUACUCAAAACCGAGCGAAAUCUCUAUUUGUUGGAAGCAGGGCUUGCAAAGAUAUACACAAUGUUAAGAAUUUAUAUAUCGAGCGUGAGCAGCCGCAACGGCCAAGAGUUCUCUCGGCAACCCGAAAGUAUUUCGAAUAUCCUGUGGAAAAAGUCGAAGAAGAGGGGAUCGAAACGAAAUAUACGAAUAAGCAACUAUGCCCUGUUAGCCACACAUAUUUGCUAAUGUUAGAGGAUAACCCGCAACCAAGCAUGAAGUUGAGAAAUCACGGUUUGGAUGGCAAUGCUCUCUCAGUUAUAGGCAACACAAUCGAGAAUAACAACGAUGUAACUGAACUCGAUUUAGAAGGAAAUUUGCUUAAUGACAUCGGUAUUGAGGACCUUGGAAUAAUUUUGCGUGGAAACACAAACAUAGAGCAACUUAAUUUAUCCUGCAACCGAUUCUCCUCAAAAGGAAUUAUAGCCAUUGGCAAUCUUCUUGAUGCUAAUAAAACUCUUACUGUUUUAUCUUUAUCUAGAAACAAACUGACAGAUACCGACUUGGAACUGCUGUGUAGCAGUUUGGAGGAUAGCAACAGCAAUUUAAAGACCCUAGACUUGAGUUUCAACUGUUUUACGCCUCAGGUAGGGAAAACUCUGGGAGAAUUCUUAUCUGAGGAUAAAGGGCUUAAAGAUCUCAAUAUUGCUGGAAACAAUUUAGGUCCCACAGGAAUGAGUUCUAUUUUUGAAGGUCUAAUGAGAAACAAUUCAUUGGAAAAGCUGGACAUAGCUUGUAAUGAAAUUUCGGAUAAAGGUAUUAAAAUCCUUGCACAAAUGAACUGCCUAGGACGCAGCCUGAAGCGGCUUGAUUUAUCUGAUAACUUCGUGACGUUGAAAGGAAUAAAACACUUUGUUUCAGUACUGGAUGGAAACCAUUCUCUGACUGUCCUUAGAUUGGACAAUAACCAAAUUGGAACGAACGGGCUAAUACUGCUAUUGGAGAGCUUGCUAGAACAAUGCAAUGAAACUCUCUCCCACCUGCAUGUAAAAGGAGUCUUUGCAGACCAAACAAUUCGAGAUCUUUGCGAUAAGAUGCAAAAGCGAAACAGCAAAUUUGCCUUAUUUGGUGUGACAGGAAACACUGGCAAUGGCAAAGAUGACACGCUAAAGCUGUUGGAAAUAUAUCUCGUCAAUAACAGAUUCUUAAACUCUGAUCGUUCUGAGCAAAUCGAUUCAGUACUUGACACAGAGAGUUGA